UGCUCCGCCCCCAGUCCCGUUACACACUCCCAGAUUUCCUCAUUCGUUUUCUUUUCUCUCCUUUCAGACUUCUGUCCCCUCACACUGGACAUCAACACGGCAUACAGACUCCUCCAUCUGUCUGAAGGGAACAAGAAGGUGACACGUGAGGAGACAGAGACUAAAUAUCCUUAUCAUCCUGAGAGAUUUGACUUUUGGCCUCAAGUUCUGGGCAGAGAGGCUCUGACUGGGACUCGCUGUUACUGGGAGGUGGAGUGCAGUGGAGACGUCAUGGAGAUUGGAGUCGCAUAUAAAGGACUGGGCAGGAAAGGAGAGGGAGGGGAGUGCUGCCUUGGGUACAACGACAAGUCCUGGUGUUUCCGGUGGUCUCAUUCCCAGUACUCUGUGUGGCACAAUAAACAGAAGACUGUAAUCAGCGCCCCCUACAGCCCCAGAAUAGGUGUGUAUCUGGACUGGCCUGCUGGCUCUCUGUCAUUUUAUAGCGUCUCACACACAAUGACCCUCCUGCACAGGUUCAACACCUCCUUCACUGAGCCCCUCUAUCCAGGGUUUUAUGUUGAUCGUCACUGCAGUGUAAAAAUCAGCCAUCUGACACCAUGUGACCACUGACCAGUACCCUCCACCGGUCACUUGAUGUCCUCACAAGCUCAGGUGUCUUUGUGUUUGCAGUUUGGGGUCAAAAUUAAUUUUUCACUAUAGGUGGGGGGCAGCACCUCUGAGAGUGAAUUUGUGGAUGAGAAUGCGGGGCGAGUGCGGUUGUCAGGGUCUCCAUUAUUAUUGAG